GUGACACGUGAGCAGGACUUUAUUUCUGGAUCGAUCGCCAUCAUGAACGACAUCAAACUCAAAAUCAGCGACUUCACUUUUUGAAAUGACUAUGUGCAAUUUAAAUAUGUAUAGCAAGGACUUUUUCCAACAUUUUUUUAUUAUGAUUUAUAUUCACUACUCGAUUCACAGUACAUCAAUGUCUUCUGUAUCUCCAAAGACUUCAUUAUUGGUAUCUUCAUCGUCCGUCACCACUGCUGCCGGCGAUGCUGCUGUUGUUACAGUUGCAGCAGCCGCUGCGGUUCCAAAGGCUGCUCCUACGCCUGUUACAGCAGUGGUAGUGGUAGUUGGAUUGGAGAGUGUUGUUGUUGCGGGCGGCCGGCCAUUACGGAGAGCAAGCAUUGCCUGUAUGCCAUCCCCACGAUGUAAUCUGGACAGCACGUCUGUUGGUAUAUCGAUAUGCGCAAGCUCUGCAUGUCUUUGUAGGAUAUUUUGUUGUGGUGGUGGUAACGCUUGUUGCAGUUGAUGAUGAUGAUUAGGAUGAUGCUGAUGAUUAAUGUUAUUAUUAGUGACAUUAUUGCUGUUAUUGAGAUGCAUGGGAUUUUGUUGCUGU